AUUGAUUGUGAAACAAGAAGAGACGUUAAGAGUGAACAUCGAACCAGGAUGGAAGAAAGGGACCAAGAUAACAUUUGAAGGAGUAGGGAACGAGAAACCUGGCUACCUCCCUGAAGACAUCAUAUUCGUGGUUGAAGAGAAGAGACACCCUUUGUUCAAAAGCCGUGGAGAUGACUUAGAGAUUGCGGUCGAGAUUCCUCUUCUCAAGGCUUUAACGGGGUGUAAACUCUCUGUGCCGCUACUGACUGGAGAAGUGAUCUAUCAUGGAUUUGAGAAGGUGAUUAAAGGUCAAGGUUUGCCAAAUGGUAAAGAAGAUGAUGGUAAACGUGGGGAUUUGAUAAUAACGUUUUUAGUGAGUUUCCCUAAAGAGUUGAGUGAAGAACACAGAUCAAUGGCCUAUGAGGUUUUGAAAGAUUGUUCUUGGGCAUAAACAAUGGUUGGUGAUUAUGGGGUCCGUUUCAUUCACUUCAUGUCUUUUAUGUGUAUGCUUGUUUGUAUAUAGGUUUCACAAGUUGAGGCUCUAAAGUUGUAACUUGUUGAUACUUCAGGCUG